AGACGUAAUCCUUCGGUAUAUAAAACUAAAAGAGAAUGUCUUUGUCAGAUUCUUAAUAACUUCGACAAUAUCAUACAAAUGACAGACGUUCAGCUUAUUGAAAUUUCAAAUAAAUGGAAUUAUCAUGCUGAGGAAGAACUAAUAGACAAUAAUUCCGAAAACAAUUACGAUUCAAACGAAGUCUGGAGAAUGCAAUGUAGAAAAGACAAAGCUAGGGCCGAUAUUAAUCAUCUUGACAUUGGAUAUCCUGAUACUGAUCACCUUGAUAUUGAACAUCCUGAUACUGUUCACCUUGAUAUUGGACGUUCUAAUACUGAUCACCGUGAUAUUGAACGUCCUGAUACUGAUCACCCUGAUAUUGGACGUCGUGAUACUGAUCACCUUGAUAUUGGACGUCCUGAUACUGAUCACCUUGAUAUUGGACAUCCUGAUACUGAUUACCUUAAUAUUGGACAUCCUGAUACUAAUUACCUUGAUAUUGGACAUCCUGAUACUAAUCACCCUGAUAUUGGACGUUAUAAUACUGAUCACCUUGAUAUUGGACGUCCUGAUACUGAUUACCUUGAUUGGAUAUCCUGA